AUGGGACGCAUCUUGCUCCUCUGCGCAUUCCUCCUCGUCCUGCUCAGCGUGGCCAGCCUCAUGGAGGUAACGGAAGGGAGGGGCCGAGGCGGAUCACGCGGCGGAGGAAGCGGCAGCCCGCGUGGCCUCAGCGGUGGCACCUGGGUGGCGUGCGUCGGCUCGUCGCUGCUGGCCGCCGCGGCCAUGCUCCUGUAG